AUGUUGACUACUGAGCUGUCUGAAGCAGAUGUCUCCGGCUUGAGAGCCAACAAGGAGAGACUGCAGGACUGGAUACACCAUAGCUGUCAAUGGGGAUCGGGGGUUAGAUGGGGAGACCAUCCAACCGAGACAGGCAUGGCCCGUCUCGCACUAUCGCAAGAGGACAAGCAAGUUCGAGACUGGUUCGUGGAGACGACCAAGGCACUCGGAUGCAAGGUCACGGUCGAUAGCAUGGGGAACAUCUUUGCUGUCCGGCCCAGCAGGAGAGCAGAUGUGCCGGCAACUUUCAUCGGAAGCCAUCUAGACACACAGCCCACGGGCGGGAGAUAUGACGGUAUCCUCGGCGUGUGCGCCGGUAUCGAGAUGCUGAAGGUCCUCGAGGAGAAAGGGAUUGAAACUGAGGGCGGUGUUGGUGUCGUGAACUGGACAAACGAAGAGGGAGCCCGUUUCCCCAAGAGCAUGAUCUCUGCCGGUGUCUGGGCCGAGAGCAUACCUCUGGAGACUGCACAUUCUCUCCUCGAGGUACCAACCGUCGCGUCUCUCCCAUCGGCCGCAUCAGCCCCUGAGUCGAUGAAAUCCGCUCUAGAGAAGAUCAGCUACCUGGGCACCAUUCCAUGUUCAUACAAAUCCUCCCCCAUGGCUGCCCAUUUCGAACUUCACAUCGAACAGGGACCUCAUCUCGUCACUGCUGGCCAGCAUGUCGGUGUCGUCACCGGAGUACAGGCAUACCGUUGGUACCGCAUCAACGUAACCGGAAGAGACUGCCAUACAGGCAGCACUGCUUUCCGACACCGAGCUGAUGCCAUGUACGCCUCUGCAAGAAUGAUGGUUCGUGCCCGUGAAGUGGCUGAUAAGCACGGCUGUCUUGCCAGCGUUGGAAUAGUCGACGUUAAGCCAGGCAGCGUCAACACUGUUCCGGGAUUCGUCAGUUUCAGCUUCGACAUCCGUGGUCCAGAAAUAGAGGAUGUAGAGGUCGUGGAUGCUGCAUUGAGGAAGGAAUUCGAUGCUAUUGCCGCCGAGGAAGGGAAGGAGAUAGGUAAACCGUGCCGUGUAGAGUGGCAGCUUGACUUUGAAACUCCGGCCACGAAGUUUGAUCCCAGCUGCAUCGAGUGCGUUACCGAGUCAGCCAAGGCUGUGGUGGCCGAUAAACCGAACCCGGAGUCUCUGUAUAGAACUAUUCGCAGUGGAGCUGGACAUGAUAGCGUGUUCACUAACAAGAGGGUCCCCACGAGUAUGGUGUUUGUUCCGUGCAAGGACGGAGUCAGUCAUCACCCAGAGGAGUUCUCCUCCGCCGAGGACUGUGUGAAUGGCGCGUCUGUCAUUUUACAAGCUGUCGUCAGAUAUGACCGGAGGAGAUUCCAGUAG